UUGACACAUUGUCUAAAAUGUCAGAACUAUUUAUUUGGAUUUGUUAAAUUUUAAGUUUUUUUUUUAUAAUGAUUUUAUUUAUAUUCUUAGUCGUCGUGUUAUGUGCGGUGAAUGCAAAUAACGCGUCGACUCAAGACAAAUGGGCAGUGACCAGAAAGAAUUUAGUCUUCGAUGAUUCGAGACGCCUAGAUCCGGUUAAAUUAAUUAAUCGAAAAUCCAGGCGCACGGUUCAAGGGGAAGAUUAUUAUUAUGCUCCAGGCAAUGUCACCCGGAUGACAUUAUCUGGUAUACAAGCAUACCGGUCCGCGUUGACGCUGGACUGGCUGGCAGCUGAGGAUACACGUCAGCGCGAGCUGGUGGCUGCUUAUGAGACGGAGCCGUCCGCACCGGCUAGGAUCAUUACCACGGAAUGUAUUAACUACCCGAGACCUUCGUCUGGGAAGGUGGGGAAGUUGAUGCUGGAACUGCUCAAGAAUCUAGAAGGAGACGAUGGUGUAUUAGUACCAGAAUUAAUCCACGUGCUUGUACGCACAAAGCUACUAGUAGAAACGGCAAUGUUGGACUCGGAGCCUGACCUUGAAUCUUUGGUGAAGACGCCUAUGAUGAUGAUGGGGGAGCCCCACAUCACCUUCCCGAGGAUCCUGGCCAUUGUGUGGAUGUUGGUAACUGAUACCAGCACGACUAGGAAUAAUGGAUGGUGCCCUCUUUUAAAAGUUAAUAAAUAUUUGAUGUCUACCAAACCGACGGACAUCGCGAAACAUUUGCGUGUACUAGAGCCUGUGAUAGCACGGGCGAGGUUUAUUAUGGAAGAAUUUAUACAAAAUGUGACACCGCUCAAUAUGUUUCAGAAGCAAACUGAAGAAAUUACACCAGUUAAUGAUUUUGAUACUACGCCCAAGGAAUUGCCGGCUAAUGAGAAAGGUGAUAGUUUGGCUAAACUGCCUCGAUCCAGCGGCGAAGAUAUGGAGCAAUCAGAAGAUCAAGACCAGCCUGAACUUCCCAGUCUGGAACCGGAGUACCCCAGUUCACCAGUGUUAGAUCAGGCCCAACAUGAAGCUGGAUUUGCUCAGGAUGAAACUGAAGGGGAAACUAAGAGUAACUCAGUUGCUAUAAAUGGAUUAACACCACUUUUAACUGUGGUUUACGCUUUAUUGUGAUAUUUUUGCAGUGUUUUUAAUAAAAAAAAAUU